AGCUGUGAUUCACCUGUAGCCUCCACCUUCAGGUGAGGAGAUACCUGCCAUCCACAGAUUUGAGGAGACUUUCCCUCGCUUCAGGAAACAGACUUAGUUCAGAGGUUUAGACUUUAGAUUUUAGAGGGUCUCGUGAUGGAUAAACUGAAGUCUGUGCUGAGUGGAGAGGAGGCGCGACGAGAUGACAGGACGGUGCUGGAGACCGUGAAUGAGGCCUCCACGCUGGGAUGGGGGACUCGUGUUAAAGGGUUCAUCGCGUGCUUUGUGGUCGGGGGGGUGUGCACGCUGCUGGGAGUGUGUGUGCUCUUCAUCCCAAAGAUCGGCAUCACCCUCUUCAUCGUUUUUUACACUUUAGGAAACAUCUGUACUCUGGGCAGCACCAUGUUUCUGAUGGGUCCGAUGAGGCAGCUGAAGAAGAUGUGUGAUAAGACCCGGGCGCUGGCCACCACCCUCAUGAUCACGUGCCUGGUGCUGACUCUCUGCGCCGCCUUCUGGUGGAAGAACUUCGGCCUCGCUCUGUUAUUCGUCAUCCUGCAGAUCCUGUCGUUCGCCUGGUACAGUCUGUCCUACAUCCCGUUUGUCAGGGAGGCGAUCCUGAAGCUGGUGUCUGUGUGUAUAAAGUGAGGAUCGGUCUCUGACUGAAGACCCUCCCCUGAUUUGAUCUCCAAACAUGUGUCUUUUAUUAGUUUCUUUCUGUGAGAUGAUUAUUGUUUGGGUACGUAUUGAUUACUUUACCAAUGUUACGACUGUAUGCUUGAUUUGUAAAUGUGUAAAUAUUUAUAAUAAAUAAA